UUACUUUGAUUAAAUAAUGUCCAAAACAACUAUGUAAUUCUCGAGGACUAAACUUGAGUUUGUCAAAAUCAAAUUUUCGGUAUAUAGUUCCACCUUACCGAUUUGCUCUCCUAACUUUGCUCCACAUGCGCUUUGAUUUUGUAGGGCGACCAAGUCGAUCGAUCACCCACCAAUGCAUGCCCUGAAAAUGCCAUGGUUCCGCCUUGUAGGCCUCGUCCUCUCGCUCACUCUCGCCUUGCACUUCCUCCUCAAAGCCCAGCAAUCGCCCAAUCCAUUCUUCUCCAGCUUCAUCCUCUUAAAUCACACGCUUCCUCCUCGCAGCGACGAGAACGAGCAAGGCCUCCUCCCAGAAGUGUGGAAGCAAAAGGAUGAUCGCGGCCGCCAGUGCCUCAGCCGGUUCCAAUACCAGUCGUAUCGCCGCCAUCCCUCCAGCCCCUCCCGCCCGUCCGAUAGCCUCAUCCAACGGCUCCGGGAGUACGAGGAGCUCCACGCUCGCUGCGCUGGAGAGGCCGACAAGUCACCACCGUCGCCGUCGGAUCCCCCGUGCCAGUUCAUCGUGGCCGUCGGAUACAUGGGCCUCGGCAACAAGAUGAUCUCGCUCGUCGCCACCUUCAUCUACGCGCUGCUCACGAACCGAGUUCUUCUCAUCGCCGCCGCCGAAAACAUGGAUCGCCUCUUCUGCGAGCCGUUUCCUCAAAGUUCCUGGCUCCUCCCAAAGUCGAAGAUGGAUCUCCUGUACUCACUGAAUGAUUCUUUCCGGUUUGGCAGCGUUGUCAAGGCGUUUGGAUCCGGAGAGUGCAACACCAGCGGCGUCAAGUACCCCGAAACCGUGCUCGUCCGGAUCACCCACGAGUAUGAUCGCGACGACACCAAGUUCUUCUGCGAGGAGCAGCAGGGCGUGAUCCGGAGCCAAGUUCCCUGGGUGUUUGUCCGAUCGAACGUCUUCUACGUCCCCAGCCUCUACUACGUUCCAUCGUUCAAGUCGGAGAUGGAGCGGCUCUUCCCCGGCGAGGACGCCAUCUUUCAUCAUGCCACAAGGUACUUGCUCCACCCCUCAAACUCCGUCUGGAAGAGGACCACCCGGUUCUACGAUUCUUACUUGGCGCACGCCGAGACGCUGGUUGGGAUCCAGAUGAGAGCGCCGCCUGGAUUUGAGGGCGUCCGCAAGAACUACGCGAGAGAAGUUCUCCAGUGCGCUGUGGAGAACCGAGUUCUUCCAAACGUCACGCAGGAGGAGCCGGAGAUCCUGGGAGAAACCAGCGAGAUCAAUCACAAAAACAUCACUUUGGAGGAUCAAUCGCAAGCACUCACCUCAAAGAAGAGCUCCAAUUCUUCUUCUUCUUCCGGCAGAUCCAUUGCCGUGCUGGUCACUUCGCUCAACCAAGCUCACCUCGAAGCGUUGCGAGCAACGUACUUAAACGCUGCCACCGAGGGAGGGAUUCGAGUUAGCGUCCAUCAGCCAAGCCACGAAGAACAUCAAAAAACCGGACAAACUCACCACGAUGAGAAGGCCUUGAUGGAGAUCUUUCUUCUCUCGCUGGCUGACACUCUCAUCACCAGCCCUCUGUCGACGUUUGGCUACGCCGCGCAAGGAUUGGCGCACCUCCGGCCCUGGCUCAUGUGGAUCCAACCCAAUCCCGAGCACCCGGUGUGUACCAGGGUAUUCGCGUCGGAUCCGUGCUUCCUAAACUUCGAGCCGUAUAGCUGCGAUUGCAAUCGAACUAGAGAGGAGACGACGCUGGAGAAUCUCAUCCGGCAGUGCGAGGAGGACGUGCCGAAUCGAAGAUGGGUGAAGAUCGAUAGCCGGAAAGAGAGAAACGCGAGCGACUAGCUAGAGAUUCUUCUGGUGGAUUCACCUAAGAAGAUUUUGCCGCUGGCACCUCUGCCCUAAUUUUAGGGUUCUUCACACACAAUAGCCAAUGUUUGAGAUGUGGCGGGAAAAUUCU